ACACCAAGGAGUCUCGUGGAUUCGGUUUCGUCAAGAUGGUUACUGCCGAGCAGGCCGAUGCCGCUAAGGAGGGUCUCCAGGGCGAGGUCAUCGAAGGCCGCACCCUGAGCAUCGAGAAGGCUCGCCGUAGCCGUCCCAGAACCCCGACUCCCGGAAAGUACUUUGGUCCUCCCAAGCGUGGUUAGUUAUUGUCCAGACUCCCUCUGUAUAUUGAUAUAUGGCUUAUGUGUGUUCAAUCUUGUUAGAUUUCCGUGGAGGUCACCGUGGCGGCCGUGGCGAUCGCUAUGAUGAUCGUCGUGGUCCUUACGGUGGUAGCUGGCGCCGUGGUGACGACUACCGUUAUGGCCGCUAUGACUCCUACAGCGACCGCCGCGACUAUGGUGGUCGUGACUACCGUGACUACGGUGGCCGCCGUGACUACCGUGAUGACUAUGGUUACCGCGGUGGUGGCAGCAGCGGUGGCAUUGAUCGCUAUGCUUCCGGUGGCCGCGAGGACCGUUACAGCCGCGACGACCGUCGUGACGACCGCCGUGAGGAGCGUCGUGGCGGCAGCGGUGGUGGCUACUAUGACCGCGAUGCUAACCCCCCGAGUUACGGCUCCGCAGCUCCUGCUCGUGAUGCCUACGCAGGCGGCGGUGGCGGCAGCAGCGCUGGCGGCGGCGGCCGUUCCUAUGACCCCCGUGACGACCGUUACAGCACUAGGUAGGUGAAGUUUUGAUUGAUCUGGACGGUCGGAACAAGGCCCAGAGCACGUAACCUCGUCCAGUGAUGGGUCUGUUUAGCCUCCGCGCUUCUUUCA